GUACGGUAGGCGCGGAGGGACAAAAAGGAGAAGUCGCUGCCAUCAAGGAGCAGAGACUCGGAAACUCGGGUUUUCCCGCCAACGUGUGAAUCAGUCAGAGCGAGGCGCGUCAGCGUGCACAAGAGAGGAACCGAGUCACGGCCUUUAUGGUCGCAGUUAUCACCAAGCAUAGUACCAUCAAACUGAAAAUGAAACGCCGCCAAAAACGAAAUCCGGACCCAGAGACCACGCGGAAGCGGAGACUAACUUAAUGGUGGUUCUUGGGCAGGAGCGGAAUUGUGGUGCCGGAGUGAAGAAACACCGUUUCUUAAGGAAGUCGUGGGGAGACGAGAUGCCUUCUGGGACUGCCCUGGGCCGCAGGAGUCCACCCAGGGACGCUCCUUCUAUGAGGCAAGGAAAGUGUGCAUCUGAUUGCAGCCAAGUCAUUGAAGGGGGAAAGGUUCACUUGAGAGGAAACGGUUUCAGGAAGUGGGUUUCAGGAAGUGAAGAAUUAAGAAGCAAUCAUGUCUAGAGAGACAGAUAACACCGAAAACAUCAAACAUCUGUUGCUUUGUUUGCUGACUUGAGAGCUGGGGCUGCAUGGCCGGUCCCUGGGAAUGGGAUGUCCAUCCCAUUCAGGGAUCGUAGAAGAAGAAGGAGGAGGAGGCCGGCUCUUUCCCAGCCCCGGCUGUUUCCGCCGCUGUCGCCGUGACCACAAGUGAGACGCAGAGGCCGGGGAAAAUGUCCACCGUCACUUCGGCCAUCCAGGCUCCCCAGGGCCCCAUCAACCCGCCUCCUCCGGAGGUCACCAAUCCCAGCAAGCCAGGGAGGAAGACAAAUCAGCUCCAGUACAUGCAGAAUGUGGUGGUGAAGACCUUGUGGAAGCACCAGUUUGCUUGGCCUUUCUACCAGCCGGUGGAUGCCAUUAAGCUGAAUCUGCCGGAUUAUCACAAAAUAAUCAAAAACCCGAUGGAUAUGGGGACGAUCAAGAAACGCCUGGAGCAUAACUAUUACUGGAGUGCCAGUGAAUGCAUGCAGGAUUUCAACACCAUGUUUACAAAUUGCUACAUCUACAACAAGCCCACCGACGACAUCGUGCUCAUGGCUCAGGCCCUGGAGAAGAUCUUCCUGCAGAAGGUGGCCCAGAUGCCCCAGGAGGAAGUUGAAUUGUUACCUCCGGUCCCGAAAGGCAAAGCUCGGAAGACGGCCGCCAGCACACACAAUUCAGGAGCCCAGCACGCGCUGGCUGUGUCUUCCGUCGCUCCGCCUGCCCCCUUCCAGAAUGUGCCCCCCUCCGUCUCUCAGACGCCGGUCAUUGCCGCCACGCCCGUGCCAAGCCUCACCACCAACGUCUCCCCCAUCUCCGCCCCCCCUGCCGCCGCGCCCCCGCCGCCGCCGCCGCCACCUCCUGCCGCCCCCAUCAUGCCUGUCGUCCCUCCCACGCCGCCGAUUGUCAAGAAAAAGGGGGUGAAGCGGAAAGCGGACACCACCACGCCCACCACCUCGGCCAUCACCGCCAGCCGCAGCGAGUCGCCCCCUCCGCUCUCGGACCCCAAGCAGGCCAAGGUGGUGGCCCGGCGGGAGAGCGGCGGCCGCCCCAUCAAGCCGCCCAAGAAGGACCUGGAGGACGGGGAGGUGCCCCAGCACGCGGGCAAGAAGGGCAAGCUGUCGGAGCACCUCAAGUACUGCGACAGCAUCCUCAAGGAGAUGCUGUCCAAGAAGCACGCGGCCUACGCCUGGCCCUUUUACAAGCCGGUGGACGCCGAGGCUCUGGAGCUGCACGACUAUCACGACAUUAUCAAGCACCCCAUGGAUCUCAGUACUGUGAAGAAAAAAAUGGACGGCCGGGAAUAUCCAGACGCCCAGGGUUUUGCCGCAGAUAUUCGGUUAAUGUUCUCAAAUUGUUACAAGUACAAUCCUCCUGACCACGAAGUUGUGGCUAUGGCAAGGAAGCUUCAGGACGUCUUUGAGAUGAGGUUUGCCAAGAUGCCGGACGAGCCUCCCGAGCCUCCCCCUCCGCCUCCCCCGACGGCGCCAGUCGUGAGCAAAAGCACGGAGAGCAGCCACAGCAGCGAGGAGAGCUCCUCCGAUUCGGACAGCUCGGACUCCGAAGAGGAGAGAGCCACACGGCUGGCGGAGCUUCAGGAGCAGGACUGUUCCCGAUCAUUGAGGCAGUGCUACAAGGUCAAUGACUCCCGAGACUGGAAUGGAUGGAAUCUGAAGGCCGUCCACGAGCAACUGGCCGCCCUGUCUCAGGCUCCGGUGAACAAGCCAAAGAAGAAGAAGGAGAAGAAGGAGAAGGAGAAGAAGAAGAAAGACAAGGAGAAAGAGAAGGAGAAAGAGAGGAACAAGGCGAAGGCCGAGGAAGAGAAGAAGGCCAAAGUGGCCCAGCCGGUGAAGCAGGCCCAGCAGAAGAAAGCACCAGCCAAGAAGGCGAACAGUACGACCACUGCCAACAGGCAGCCAAAGAAAGGAGGGAAGCCGGCCUCGGCACCCUACGAUUCGGACGAGGAGGAGGAGGGUCUGCCCAUGACCUACGACGAGAAGCGUCAGCUCAGCUUGGACAUCAACCGUUUGCCGGGGGAGAAGCUGGGCCGGGUGGUACAUAUAAUCCAGUCCCGGGAGCCCUCCCUCAGGGACUCCAACCCCGACGAGAUCGAAAUAGAUUUUGAAACCUUGAAGCCCACCACGUUACGAGAACUGGAGAGAUACGUCAAGUCUUGUUUACAGAAAAAGCAACGGAAGCCGUUUUCUGCGAGUGGGAAAAAGCAAGCCGCGAAAUCCAAGGAGGAGCUCGCUCAGGAAAAGAAGAAGGAGCUGGAGAAACGGCUGCAGGACGUGAGCGGGCAGCUGAAUAACAAGAAGCCUGCAAAAAAAGAAAAAUCUGGCUCCACCCCCUCUGGCGGCCCGUCCCGUCUCAGCAGCAGCAGCUCCUCGGAAUCGGGAACCAGCAGCUCCAGCGGGUCCAGUUCGGACAGUAGCGAUUCGGAAUAAACCGCGGACACUUCUCGGGCCUGGCCGGCCAACGGACCUCUUGCCUGCACUCACCCUGACGCUUUGCUGUGUCCCCCCCCCGUCUGUCGUUGGGUUAUUUCCACAGUCUGCUUCGUUCCCUCGUGACCAGUUCUACACUUUUUUUGCUCUUUUUAAAACAUUUUUUUUUUUAAAAAAAACAAACAACCCCAGUGUUAUUAAAAAAAAGAAGAAAAAAAAGACACCUUCCAAAAUUAAUUUUCCUCCCCGCUGCUUUUCUUAGGUCAAAGAUCGUUUUGUGUGUGUGUGUGCGCGCGUGUGUGUGUGUCCGACUAGACUUUACGACAAAUAAUUCGCUUCGCUUAAAGUCUCUAAACUUUUCAAACAAACAAACAAACAAUGGGAGGUGGUUUCCUUACCACUGAGACUCUGAAUGAGAGAUCCCUUGAGGACACUUGCAAAGUGUAACCCUUUUCCUUUUUCCUGGAAUUUCUUCCUUUUUCAUACAGACCAAGAUUGGCUCUCAUCUCCAAGAAGGCGCAAGGCAGAGAGGGUGGGGAGGGAACCUUUUAAAUGGGGGCGGGGGGCGGGUGGACAAGCUCUUUGUAAAAUGGUACUGUACCUGAAAGAUGUUAGCUUUUGAAGUAGUUGAUGUAUUGGUUCUUAGCUCUAGUAUUCCUAGGCUCCUGUGGGCCCGAUCCACCAGGAAGCUCCCCUGAAGAAGCUAAGGGCAGCUGUGAAAAGCGCUCGAGGGAGAAAAUUUCAGGUGGAUCAGGGCCCCCAUGUAUACAUUGUGAUGAAGAUCAUUGUCAUCAUCCUUUUAUAUAUAUUUAUAUAUAUAUAUAUGAGGGAAGAAAAAAGAAAGCUCAUGUACUGUGGAUUGUUUAAAAAUGUAUCUUUUUAGAUCUUUCUUUUUAUCCUUUUUAAAGAAAAAUGCAUUAUAGAGGUUCAGAAUCCUGUUCUGAGAAGUUCUUCAGAGGUUGGCUGGCACCCGGAGUGGAGUCACUGCGUGGCAUCUGCCCACUGUGUGUGCAUGGCGCAUACUCCCCCCCCGCCCGUUUCUUAGACCAGAGAAAGGGGAGAACCCUCCCAGGAUGGCCCUUGUGGUGUGCCCCAUAGCCCUGUGGGCCUCUUGGGCUGUGGCCGGAAUCUACCCUGGGGAGGGGAGAAACGUCGCCCACCCCACUGGCCCACUGCCAGUCGGUUGACGCCUCCAUGUGUCGAGUGAGAUUCUGAGAGGUCUCCGGCUCCUUGGGAGAGGCAUGCCGGAGGACGUGGUGAAGGGAGACGCGCCUCUCCCACACGGGGAAGCCCGGCUGGUUUACGGACUGAAGCGGUGGUCCUGGGAACCCUGGUGUUCCUCACUGACCAGUAAUGGUGGGCAAGCUCCCCGGAAGGACACCCUGCCCGCAGGUCUUCGCCGGGGUUGUAUAGUUGCCUCGCAAAACCUACCAACGAUGUCGCAGAGAUUUCACGCCAGGCAGUGCAGUUGUGAUAUUGUGACACGUGGUGUGUCCUGGGUCUGGGUGGUAAGACGGGGGUGGGUGUCCCCAAAGAUGGCUGGAUGGCAACUCCUAUCACCCCCUGCCACCGUGUGGCGGGGGGUGAUGGGAAUUGUAGUCCAGCCGCCCCAAGCUUCAGGAACCCCGUUUCAAGGCAAAGUUUGGGUGCACCCGAACCCCCGAGGGCCAAGCAAAGCAGGCAAGCAACAGACUCUCUUCCCUUUUAUCUUUUUGUAACAGCCAGAAAGCUCUUAGGAUACUUGUCAGUUGUGGAAGUGCAGGUUUCCAAAUAAUCAAAAGUUUUACCUCAAGGUAUGGUGUGGUGGUGGCGGUGGUGGGGAUAGAAUAUGGGGCGGGGAGACCUUUUUGUAAGGUUCAUCCAUUUUCUAGAAGCUAUUUUUUUUUUCCUUUCCAGCCUGUUCCUGGAGACCUGCAGUUCUGCAAAAGACACGCUCCGUAAUGGACUAUCCCAUGUUCUCAUGUAUAUAGAAAUGCUUUAUUUAUUAACACCAUUGGUCACUUAAAAAAAAAUCUAUCCUGCAUUUUGAAGAGCAGCAUUUGGCGGGGCGGGGGGGGGGUGCAAACUUUUUUUGGGUUUUUUUAAACCAAGCUCUGAUGAAUUGGGAGCCCUUUUUAUUUAAAUGCCUCUGACUUUUUAACCAACGGGUGCUACGGAUCUUUGAUAGUUUCCUGUGCCGGUGCUUAAUCCUUGUAUGUGUAUUCCGUUCUUUGGGGGGGGGGGGAUGUUCUGGGUUUUGUUUGGUUUCUUUUUGUACAGAACUUUGGAGACUUACAGGUAUCGGUAACUUCCAGAUAAAGCAUGAUUUUUUCUUUGUAUAUUCCUAGUCCCCUUCCAGGUCGGUCUUUUUCUCUUUCUCUGUAUCUUAAUUGUUUUAAAGUAGAACAGUUUGGAAAAAAAAUAAAAUAAAAGGAACAAAGA